AUGGAGACCAAGAGCUCCAAAGAGCAGCGAGCUGCAGAGUCCGAGUCCUACUUGUCCCAGAGGGCAACGUGGGGGCCAACCACGAAUCUGACUCGGUCCUGCAGCCCCAGCCAGUCUACCUGGAAAUCUUCCUUGCUGUCCUUCGAGGGCUUUCACUGCAGCACUGGCGGGAGACCCCGCCGCGUCACGCCACUUGGGCUCACUCCGCUAGCAGAGCCGCAGCUGCUCGGUCUACGCCCCACCUCGCUCCGUACCCAAGACAUCUCGUUCUUGCUCACCAGCGUCUUCCGCAACCUAUACUCGGCUGAGGUGAUUGGCGAGGACGUGUGCACAAGCCUGAUCCAGGCCCGUGGAAGCCAGGAUGCGCGUCAUGAGCAGUUUGUGGACUCGCUGCAGCAGAUUCGAGAGUUGUACAAGCAGCGACUGGAUGAAGUUGAAAUGUUGGAGAGGCACAUCAUUCAGGCUCGCGCUCGUGCUAUGGCGGAGGAAGAGCGGACCAUGCAUGAGGCAGAAGCACAGACCCUUGAGGCCGUCAGUGUCAUCAAAUUGCCUCCAGUCAAGUCUAUCUUCAGAUGGUGUGUAGACAGUGAGUUGCUACAGAAACAUCAUUUGAUCUGCCCAGAAGAUUACUACAGUGAUACAGUGCCAUUUUGCUCUGCACCUAAAGGCAAUUUCCUCCCAGGAUGUCAAAGACUGACAUUUAGUUAUGAGAAACGUGCCAUCUCAAAUAAAGAGCUGGCCAUGAGGCUUGGCAUUUUAUGCAGAAAGAAGCUUGCUGAUACUGAGAAGUUAGACGUCAGUGUGGACAGUUUAACACAAGACUCAUCUCUUAAGGAUGAACACAGGACCAAGAAAACUGUCAAGAAAGCAAGUCCACCAAAAAAUAAAAACUGGAUGAACCACUUAAGUAUGCCACAGCGAGCACUGGAGCGACUUCUGCUUGCUCGAAUGGAGAGUCGGAGCCGCUUCUUAAAAAAUCCCCGUUUUUUUCCUCCUAACACUCGGUAUGGAGGCAGAUCUCUUCUUUUUCCUCCAAAGAGGCCAGAACGGAUAGGAAAAUUCCCAAGUGUGGUGACAGAACAGAGUUGUGCUGAUACCCCAGUGUUUCUAGCUAAGCCAUCAGUUGGAUUUUUCACAGAUUAUGAAAUUGGACCAGUUUAUGAGAUGGUAAUUGCUCUGCAGAACACCACUGCAACCAGCCGCUACCUGCGAGUCCUCCCACCUUCUACUCCUUACUUUGCUCUGGGCUUGGGGAUGUUCCCAGGAAAAGGUGGAAUGGUGGCUCCUGGAAUGACCUGCCAGUACACUAUCCAGUUCUUUCCUGACUGCCUUGGGGAUUUUGAUGAUUUUAUUUUAGUAGAAACCCAGUCAGCCGACGCUCUCCUGAUUCCUCUGCGGGCCCGGAGGCCACCUCCAGUGCUGACGUUGCCGCAAGUGUUGGACUGUGGUUAUUGCCUCAUUGGGGGAAUAAAGAUAACCAGAUUCAUCUGCAAAAAUGUGGGCUUCAGUGUCGGCAGGUUCUGCAUUAUGCCUAAAAAGAGCUGGCCACCGCCAAGUUUCAGGGCUGUGACAACUAAUAGCUUUGUUGAGCAACCACCCUUUGGAGUCCUUCCUUCAGUGUUUGAACUGGCCCCAGGGCAAGCCAUAUUAUUGGAGGUCUUAUUCCUCCCAAUGAGCCUAGAAAAGGCAGAGCAGGCCUUCGUCAUCGUGUGCGACAACUGCCAGACAAAGGAGCUGGUGACCGUAGGAAUAGGGCAGCUGGUUGCUUUGGAGCUGAUCUAUGUUUCUGGUGAAGAUAGUCAACCAGAGCCUGGAGAGCUCACAGACUUAACAGCCCAGCACUUCAUACGCUUUGAGCCUGAAAACCUUCGGUCUACUGCUAAGAAACAGUUGAUCAUUAGAAAUAUUACGCACGUGGAGCUGGCCUUCCAUUGGCAGAUCAUGAAGCCCAACCUGAAGCCCCUGAUGCCAGGAGAAGCCUACAGCAUGGACAGUAUCAAGUGCCACCCUGACUUGGAGACAGCCUUCUCCAUCAUGCCUGAAAAGGGGCUUCUUAAUCCCCACACGGACCAUGAGUUCAUCCUGAGCUUUUCUCCUCAUGAGCUAAGAGGUUUUCACAGUGUGCUCCAGAUGGUGCUAGAGCAAAUCCCGGAGCCUGCGAGUUCAGAAAUUCAGAACCUAGAGGAUGCCCCAUACUCCAUGGAUGAUGUGAUUGUCCUGGAAAUCGAGGUGAAAGGCUCAGCAGAACCUUUCCAGGUUCUCUUGGAGCCAUAUGCCCUCAUCAUCCCUGGAGAGAACUACAUUGGCAUAAACGUGAAGAAAGAUUUUAAGAUGUGGAACAACAGCAAGUCACCCAUCAGAUACAUGUGGGAGAAGAUUAGUGACUGCCACAUCAUUGAAGUGGAACCCUGCACAGGGAUCAUAGAGCCCAGUGAAGCCAGGGAUUUUGAGUUGAACUUUACUGGGGGUGUUCCAGGCAUAAUAAGCCAGGACCUGCUGUGUGAAAUCAAAGACUCACCUUCGCCAGUGGUGUUGCACAUUGAGGCGGCUUUUAAGGGACCUGUACUCGUCAUCAAUGUCUCAGCCCUUCAAUUUGGUUUGCUUCGCCUGAAGCAGAAAGUUACACACUCCAUCCAGAUCCAGAACAUCAGCCAGCUCCCAGCCACAUGGCACAUGAAAGAGAGCACAGUCUGCCUUGAAGAACGGCAUGAGAGUGAAUCUCUCUUCGACAUUGAGCCCUCGAGCGGCCGUCUUCACCCUCUAGGGGAGUGCAAUGUGAAUGUAACCUUCGAGGCCUUGCUCUGCCAGAGUCUGCAGACGAUCCUGGAGCUGGAGGUGGAAAACGGGAUCUGGAGCUACCUUCCUGUGUAUGCUGAGGUACAGAAGCCCCAUGUGUACCUGCAGAGCAGCCACAUGGAGGUCAGCAACCUCUACCUGGGUGUGCCCACAAAGGCAGCCAUCACACUCAUCAAUGGCACGCUUCUGCCCACCCGGUUCCAAUGGGGCAAGCUCUUGGGGCACCAAGCAGCCCUCUGCACAGUCAAAGUCUCCCCCAGACGUGGUAUGCUUGGUCCCAGUGAGGAGCGCCAGCUCAACUUAGAGUUGACUGCUCAUACCCCGGAAGAGCUGACCAAUCUGGUCCUCCUUUGUCAUGUGUCAGGCAUGGAGAAGCCACUGGUCCUGGGCAUAUCCGGGAAACCCCAGGGACUGCAAGUGGCCAUCGCCAUCUCUAUGGAGGGCUCUGAUACCAGCACAGAGCAGUGGCCAGGCCGCCUGGAGGAGCUCCACCUGGACUUUGGCUCAGCAGUGCCACUGAGGACCCGUGUGAACUGCCAGCUCAUCCUGACCAAUCAUUCCCCGAUACCGACCCCUUUCACUCUGAAUUUUGAGUACUUUGGGAGCCCGAAAAGCAGCCUGAGCAAAAAGGCCAGCCUCCGUGACAUGCCCCCUGCCUUGCUAAAAACAGCACGGAUUCAAGAGCACUUGGCCAAACGUGAGCAGCUGGAUUUUAUGGAGAACGUGUUGUCUCAUGGGAAAGGAGCUGCCUUUUUCCCCCAUGUUUCCCGAGGCAUGCUGGGAGCCUACAAAGAGCUAAGCAUUGGCAUCACAGGCUGUGCAAACAUGUGGGGCGAGUACUGGGACAACCUCAUCUGCAUGGUGGGAGACCUGCCUCCAGCAAUCAUCCCAGUGCACAUGGCUGUGGUGGGCUGCCCCAUCAGCUCCCUGAGGACCACCUACUACACCAUUGGCCAGUCCCACAAGGAACCUGUCAUCAGGUUCGGCACUCAGCUCUCUGGAGGGGACAAGGUCACCCGAGCCCUUCGCCUGAACAACUCCAGCCCCUGUGACAUCCGCCUGGACUGGAAGACCUAUGUUCCAGAAGACAGAGAAGAACGGCUGGUAGACCUGCUGGUGUUUUAUGGACCACCCUUCCCACUGCUUGACCAAGCUGGGAACGAGCUAAUGUGCCCUGAGAGCCCUGAGACUAGCUGCUUCUCCCAGUCCCCAUGUCCAUCAAAUGCUUCAGACUCUGGUCGUGAAGCUGCCCAAUCUAGCAGCCCUGGUGGCAGCAAGGGUGCACAGAAGAUCAUCUCAGUCAUCCUGCAGGAGCAUGAAGGGGUACCCUCUGACUGCUUGUACUCUGUCAGCCCAAAGCAGGUGGUGGUCCCUGCCGGGGGCAGUAGCACCAUCUACAUCUCCUUCACACCCAUGGUCCUCAGCCCUGACAUCCUGAACAAGGUGGAGUGUACUGGCUAUGCGCUGGGAUUCAUGAGCUUGGACAGUGAGGUGGAAAGGGAGAUUCCAGGGAGGAGGUGCCGCCUGCAGGACUUCGCUGUGGGACCCCUGAGACUGGACCUGCAUGGCUAUGUGAGGCCUGCACAGCUAAGUGUGGAGCUGGACUACGGUGGCGGCAUGGAAUUCCAGCACCAAGCCAGUGACCUCAUCCCCGAACAGCCCUAUGCUGGGGUACUGAGUGAACUGGUAACCACCCACCACUUGAAGCUGACCAACACUACAGAAAUCCCACACUACUUCCGGCUCCUGGUAUCAAAGCCCUUCUCCAUAUCUCAAGAUGGAGCUAACCUCAGAGCUGCUAACCCUGACUGGGAACAGGAGUAUGAGGAGGAGACAGCAGAAGAGGGCAAGCUGCUGGUGCUCCAACCACAGGAGAACAUACUGGUGAAUGUGUCCUUCUCACUAUCCUUGGAGCUGCUCUCCUAUCAGAAGCUCCCAGCUGACCAUAUGCUGCCUGGAGUGAAGAUUCAGCAGAGUGCAAGUGGAGAAAAAGAGAUGGUGUUUACUCAGAACCUACUCCUGGAGUACACCAAUCAAACCACUCAGGUGGUACCCCUGUGGGCCGUUGUAGCUGUGCCUGAGCUACAGCUCUCCACCAGCUGGUUGGACUUUGGGACUUGCUUUGUGAACCAGACCCAAGUCCAAGAGGUCUACCUGAUGAACCUGAGCAGAUGCAGGAGUUACUGGACCGUGCUGAUGGGCCAGCAGGAGCCAGCCGAAGGCACUGUGGCCUUCAGGGUUUCCCCAAGCAGUGGGCUACUGGAAGCACGGCCAAUCAACGCACCCCCACCCUCUGUCACCCUGCAGGUUAUCUUCACUGCCAGGAGCUGUGAGCUGUACAAGUCCACGCUGGUAGUGGAAGGUGUGCUUGGCGAGAAGGCCUGCAAGCUGCGGCUCCGGGGCCGAGGCUCUUAUGAUGAGAAAUAUGUGACCUUCUGCCAGCUCUGA